ACAACAUCUAUGUCUUCCGGCCAGGGUAUCGAGACCAUUGACCUGACUGGAUCCCCUGAACCGCCAACACGUGUACAAACGACACGCCGUCAAUCCCCACUCCAACCUCCCACGCAGCCCAUGUAUAAGACAGAACGAACAGAAACACGAGCAGACCGCCGUAUGAGACAGGUCCAUGCGAUAGAUGCUUAUUUUCGAUCCGCAAACGAUGGUCAAAGUCAUGAUCCACAGACGAUCCUACGCGCCUUGCACGAAAGCAUGACUUACGCCGGCUUUUGCGCUUAUUUUGAAAAGAGAAAUAUUUAUAUUGACCGGAAGGAGUUACGGAAGGCAAUAGAGAGAGUGGGUAGUAUCAAGGAAGCACUAGAUAUAGUCGGUGACAUCAAUGAAGCAAGAGAGGAAGAGAGAGAAACACCAGCGCGAUCGCAUUCGCGUCCCCAUCAUCGACAACACAGGAUACCCCACUAUUUCCGCGAACGACCAUCCUCUCUUGCAUCCAAUCUCAAACAACACGCCCCAAGUCCACCCAUCAACCCCGAUCAACUACGCAGGAUAAUCAACUCUAGCCCCCCAGAAAACGUAAAUGCUGUCCUGCUGGACCUGUGCAAGAUAUCGCCUGCCUUAAGUGGAGCUGUUGUUCGUGGGCUUGCACCUCAUUCUACGUAUGCCCAAACCAUCAAAAAACAUUAUCCACAAAGCUCGAUGGCGUAUCGGCAAGCACCAGCUCAAGUCCAUAAGCAUAUCAAGACCGAAGGGAGGCGCACUAGCCAAUUACAGGAACGGGCAGGCCCUUCCGGCUAUAAGAGUGCCCGGAGGAGGUCGGCACCGCUCAAACAUGAAGACGGUAGCGAUGACGAUUUGCCAAAUAUUUCUCGGUUCAAGUCGCUCAUGAGUGGAAAUGGUCAGAGCCCCCCUCCAGUCUCCGAUAGCGACCAACAGAGGCUGGCAACUGAUGCACAUAACUCCUUCAGGCCCAAUCAACAGCAGACGUUAAGGGGGUAUGCAUACCCUCAGUCCGAGUCCUCAAACACAAUUCCGAAUGAUGUUAUCACUGCUAGCUCUACUGUGGCUUUCUUCGGUGAUGAUAGCGACCUAGACGAUUUUGCUCCACGAAGUACCAAGACAUGUAAAUUAUGCUUCAAGCAAAUCAGCGCUAAAGAUCAUACGGUAUGUCACUUCCACCCUAGAGUCCAUGACGCCAAUCUGGGGCUUCCUUAUUAUGGAUGUUGCGGUAAACCCAUUGGAGUGGCGGGUUGUCGUAGCAGCGUUCACGACGUUUGA